UCGUAGGCCGUCCUGUGCCGGCAUGGGCACACCGGCUGUGACAGCUUGCGGCUUCUGGUUAUCCCCUGUACCGUGUCCGCAGUCUCUGGGGAUCCCCUGUACCGUGUCCGCAGUCUCUGGUCAUCUCCUGUACCGUGUCCACAGUCUCUGGUCAUCCCCUGUACUGUGUCCGCAGUCUCUGGUCAUCUCAUGUGCCGUGUCCACAGUCUCUGGUCAUCCCCUGUACUGUGUCCGCAGUCUCUGGUCAUUCCCUGUACCGUGUCUGCAGCCUCUGGACGUCCCCUGUACUGUGUCCGCAGUCUCUGGUCAUCUCCUGUACCAUGUCCGCAGUCUCUGGUCAUCUCCUGUACUAUGUCUGCAGUCUCUAGUCAUCUCCUGUACCAUGUCCGCAGUCUCUGAUCAUCUCCUGUACCAUGUCUGCAGUCUCUGGUCAUCUCCUGUACCGCGUCCGCAGUCUCUGAUCAUCUCCUGUAGUAUGUUUGCAGUC